UCAAGGUAAAAUUAUGGAAACCUGCUUCAGACUUUAAUAUAUGAAUAUUAUGAAAACUAUUAAAGAGCUUUUAACAUUAAACAACAAACUGAUAUUCCAAGAAAUUUCUUGGACGGCCAAUUUCUCAAGAUUGAGUUUCUCAAGUGAAACUGUUUUUUUUACACUGCUCAUAAUUCUUAAUAUUUCUUUGUUUAUGAUUCCAUGAAUGAAAGACCGUCACAUAAAAACAACUUUUACAAGUUGUGUUAACUUCCUGUUUACGUUGCCGAUGCUUUUUGAUUGGACAGUAGAAGUGAUCCAUAAAUCAGCUGUUUGAAAUUGAUCAAUAUUUACUGAGAGUCUCUCUCUGGGUUUACAGAGAUUGGUUCCUGCUGGAUGAAGGUCUGACAUCAUCAUCAUCAUCAUAAUCAUCAUCAUUAUCAUCAUCAUACAGACCAGAACCAGUAGGAACCAGUCAGAUCCAGUUCAGACCAGGAUGUUCAGGUACACUCCUCCCUGGCAGGUUCUCUGUAACAGUCUGGACCAUGACACCAAGAGACUCUCCUCGGUCGCCGGUCAGGAUGUUCUGACUCCUCAGAGAUUCCAAAUAUUGAGCUCCGUUCAGCGUCUUCAUCCAUCUGAACCUUCGUCUCCCUUCACAGCACCGCCUGCAACCAUGGACAGCACCCCGAGGAACUGGGUCCUGAAACCUUUGGCCCCCCUGCUGCAACCCUCAGACCUGCGCACCAUCGCCGGCCCAGCACGGAGCGAGUCCCCAGACCCGAACGAUCCAGUCUUCAGCUCCGACAGCAUCUCCGUCGCUCGUAGUCAUUCCUCAGUGGUCGUCUCCUCACAGCAGGGUGACGGGUGCAGACACGUUGUAGUUCAGGCUCGGCAGGUCACCGUGUCGCAGGAUGGAGGGAGCAUCAGCGACGAGUGGCAUCCCAGCAGCCCCAGUGACGCCAGAAGUCCCAGCAGCAGCUUGGGCUCUCACUGCGGUUUCUACUCCUUCGUGGAGGAUCCGGCGAGUCCCGAGGCCGAGCUGAACGAAGCCUGGAUGGUCUCACCGCAGCGGCAGACUCAGCUGGCGACCCUGAAGGAGGAGAAAGGAUUCAAACUCCAGACCUACACCAGCAGCAGGAAGCCAGAGAGUCUUUUUGCAGAGAGCGAUGGAGACUCACAGUACAAAGUGGAUCUGAAGAACGGCAACGAAGUUGUCCAGGAGGAAGUGGAGAAGCAGCUUCGUAAGGAGAUCAUUCGCAGCCAAGCACCGAAGAAGAACCCAACAUUCAAAGAUCAGCUGAGUGCACUGGAGGAUCUGGAUCCGAGCAGAUCUACGAACAAACUGAUAGAAGGUUUCGGCGUGAGUUACAGUAUCGACAGCUUCAGAACAGAACCUCUCUGCCCUGCAGAGACCGGGACCGUUGAUGAGGAGCAGAUCAACUUUAGCGCUGCCCGACAACAGUUCCUGAAGAUGGAGCAGGACUGGCUGACUGCACUGUCCAGCCCUCUGAGGUCCUCGAGAACACAUCUGAACGUGUCUCUGCAGCCAGAUCCUGAUGUGUCCUCAUCAGAGCAGGUGGAAACAUACGACAGCUUGGAGGUGAGCGAAGAUGCAAUAACUUUUAUACCAACUGAAGAAGAUGAGAUCCACCCAGAGAGGAAGGUGACUGUGUGGCGGACUGAGGAGAGUCUCAGUUGGCAGAGCAGUGUGUUCAAUGGCCUGGACUCCGGCCUCGAGGAGCUGACCGUGGAGGUGGGCGGCGGCUACACCAGUGAUGAAGGCACGUUCUAUGAUGACACUCAGCGAGAGAACUGUAGCUGCAAGUCCACUAGCGACUGUGAGACCCCGAUUGAAAGGGAGAUCCGGUUGGUUCAGGAACGUGAGGAGAACCUACGACGCUCUCGAGGGCUGAAGCUCAGCGACAGGAGAGCAGAGAUGGUCGAGAUCAAAACCAAACGUUUGCAGUCGCCACUUACGCCUGUCAAAGCUAAAGAAAAGAACAGAGUGAGCUUCAUCAUCCAGCAUGAGAUCCAGAAAGAGAACCAGAGGAAGGAGGAGCCAGGGAUCCUGGGACGAUACAGUCCAGAUCCUCCACAGGAGCUGGAGUUUGACCAACAAGACGAGGACAAGAGGACAGAAGAAAGCUCUCAUUCUGAACCUGGAGAUGCCGAAGUCUUCCCGUCGCCAUGCUGUCCUCAUCGACACCCCGAAGAAACCGAGUUGUACAUCAGCAGAAAGAGUUCAGCUCCUUCUUCCGUCUCUGUGAGGGGCUCAGAGGUCCAGGAUAAGAGAGGUUUCUGCCAAGAUCAAACAACUUCUUCAUCCCCCUACUUCUCCUCCCCAACACCGACACCUCGCCAUGAUACGACGGCGAGCACGCCUUGGUCCUGGAGGGAGACCCUGGAGUCCAAUGGCCUGCAGUCAAGAGGAAAAGAAGCUCCAGAUUUCAUCGAGAAGGAGAUCGAGGAGGCCCUGAGACGGGAACAGGAGCUGAGGGAGUCCAGAGAGCUGAGAGAGUCCAGAGAGCUGAGGGAGUCCAGAGAGCUGAGGGAGUCCAGGGAGCUGAGGGAGUCCAGGGAGCUGAUGGAGUCCAGAGAGCUGAGGAAGUCCAGGGAGCUGAGGGAGUCCAGGGAGCUGAUGGAGUCCAGGGAGCUGAUGGAGUCCAGAGAGCUGAUGGAGUCCAGAGAGCUGAGGGAGUCCAGGGUGGAAACUGAUGGACAGUUCUUCUCUCCAGCUCCUCUGUUGGAACAGGCAACCAAAGUGGCAGUCUGUCAGUUCUACCCACCUGUGAAUGCAGAUCAUCCCGUCAGUGUGUCCUCUCCGUCUCCUCGUCCGUCCGUCCGUCUCCCCUCCAUCUCCUUCAUCACGGGUCAGCCCUGGUCCUCCUCACUCCCCCCCUCUUCUUCCUCUCCCCCUUGCUCCUCCUCCCCCCUCCCCCCCCCCUUUUCUUCCCCCGUGGUGGUCCGGUCAGCCCCCCCUCUUGUCAAAGGUCUGACAGAGACACUGCUGCAGGGCUUCAAGGAGAGACGAGUCAGAGUGAAGCUGGAGGAGAGUGUGUACGCAGGAAUUCAGCCGGUCGACGACGUGAAUAAUGAGGUUGUUGAGUCAACUCGAGUCAAUCGACAUAAAAACCAACGCGCUCUGCGCUGGGAGGCCGGAGUGUUCUCCAAUCAGGAAGACCAGUGAGACCAGGACCAGGACUAGGACCAGGACCUGCUGACAUAGUGACUCCUCUGGUUCGUCUCUUCACUAACAGGACUUUUCUCAGACUUUCUCCUUCAUCUUUUAAACUAGAACGCUCUAAAGAAAAGGCUGCUCCUGAUUGGUCCCUUCUCCUCGUCCAAUCAGCUGGACGGAGGUGAUGUGUCUGAUUCAUAUAAGAAAUUAAGGGUGAAAGUUUGUUUGAUCUCAUGAUUUUAAACUGAUGCAUCUAAAAAUGACACAAAGAAUAAAAAACAUUUUUCAAACAGUCCGUCUGUUAAGAUGUCAAAAUAAGAGAUUUGGGGGAAAUUAAUUUUAAAUACCAGAAACGUUCUCCAAGGGAAUUCUAUUUGUGAAAUUAAAGAAAAAUCAGAAAACAUCUCCUGAAAAAAAGUUAAAGUUAAGAAAUGUAAAAUGAUUAUUGUUCAAAUACUACGAAUCAAAAGUACUUCAACACAUUCCAUUAAAACAGUUCAAAGACGUUUCUUCUUGAAUCUAAAGAAGCAGCUGCUGACCAAUAAAGAAGAUUAAUUUAAGGAUUCCAUCUUAAAAUCUGAAAUACUGAAUUAUGAAUAAAUGAGACAAAAAUAUAACAUUUUAUUAAUCAAUAACAGAAAAGAACAAGAGACACGAAACUAAUAUUUACUGAAUACAACCAAAAUAAAAGAUAUAAAACCAUGAACACACACACACACACAUACACACACAUACACAUACACAUUAACAC